GGACUCAGAAUUACUAUGCGUUUCUCUCAAAGUUUAUAACCAUCAUUUGCAACAUGCAGAACACUCGACAAGUUGCUGGGCGUAUAUGCCUAAAUCCUCUCAGAAUAUACCAAUCCACAUCACGAACUCUGUGGUUAUCUUCACCAAGAUUCUACUCCUCAGAUAUUGAUCAUGCUACCAGUUCAACAAAAGACCAAUCUUCAGCCUCAACAACCAAGACUACAGAAGAAGCCAAGCCUAAAAAGAAGACCCAAGCAGAACUUGAUCAAGAGCUUUUGUUGAAACUGCAAGGGUUGGCUGGUGAUGGUGGCGAUUCCGGUGUUGAGUAUGAAGAUGGAAAGCCUGUCUCGAUGAAGAGAAGCGUCAAGAACAACAUGUUUCGAUACAUCUAGCUUUGCAAAGCAUCGUCUCUCGAAGUGUGCGCAGUGAACGGAUACAACAGGUACCCAUUUCACUUUUUCAGUCACUAGCAGCACGACUAAGCCACGGCAGAUAGACAUGCCAUCUGGUCUCGACUUCGAGGCUACAACGUCAUGAAUGUACUGUAGGAAGUCGGGCGUAUAGGAGUUGACAUUCCUGUAGCUUUUCACAUAAACAGAUCUCCUUGUUUCCU